AUGGGGAAGAACAAGUGUAGUAUUUUACAAGGAUUGAAGCCGGCAAUGGCUAUGGUGGUGGUUCAAGCAACUUUUGCUGGAAUGAAUGUGCUGUAUAAAUUGGCUGCUAAUGAUGGAAUGAGUUUGAAGAUUAUCACUGCCUACAGAUUCUUAUUUGCAGUUCCUGUUAUGCUUCCUCUUGCUCUUCUCUUCGAAAGAAAUAGGCCGAAACUCAGUUGGACCAUACUCUUCCAGGCAUUUCUUUGUGGAUUAUUUGGGGGAUCACUAUCUCAGAAUCUAUACAUUGCAAGCCUGGCUCUAACUUCUGCAACAUUUGUUUCUGCCAUCACUAAUCUCAUGCCAGUCACUACCCUCAUUUUCACCGUCCUUUUAGGACUGGAAAAGCUAGCAUUUGGAACAAUGGCAGGGAAGGCAAAAGUAUUUGGAACAUUAACAGGAAUAGGAGGUGCAAUGCUUCUCACAUUCUACAAAGGAGUUGAAGUUAACAUUUGGCCUACACAUUUGGAGCUUCUAAAUCACGGUCCACCUGCAUCACACCCUGCUGCCUCAUCCAAAUCUCUUUUGGGUCUUUUGCUAGCGUUUGCCUGCUGCAUCUCUUACACCUUCUGGUUGCUCAUUCAGGCUAAGAUGAGUAAAAAUUACCCAUGUCCUUACUCAAGCACGGCUUUGAUGUGCAUAAUGGGAGCCAUGCAAUCAGUUGGUUAUGCACUUUGCUUGGAAAGAGAUUGGAGCCAGUGGAAACUAGGUUUCAAUAUUAGGCUUCUCACUGUUGCUUACGCGGGAAUUGCUGUGUCGGGAUUGACUUGUACCAUUGUAAUUUGGUGUGUGCGCCUCAAAGGCCCUCUCUACGUUUCCAUUUUUAACCCUCUAAUGCUUGUUUUAGUCGCUUUGGCUGAGUCGUUGCUUUUAGAUGCAAAGCUUUACCUGGGAAGCAUACUUGGAGCAGUGUUCAUAGUGCUGGGGCUGUAUAUUGUGCUUUGGGGUAAAGGCAAGGAGAUGAAGGAUCAAUUAUCAGCAUCAAGAAAUGAAGUGCCACCAACGAUAAGCUCCAUGCAAGAAGAACCUGUUGACAUCAUUGUCGACUCUACGGAUGACAACAUUUAUAAUGUCAAAAAUGUUUCAAGCAAGAUUGUAGAGAAUGUGCUCUCAACAUUGCCUGAAAGAUAUGAGGCAAAAAUCUCAUCCCUUGAGGAUUCGAGAGACCUUGCAAGCAUCUCCCUAACUGAGCUCAUCAAUGCCCUUUAUGCUCAAGAGCAAAGGAGAGCUAGCAGGAUGGAAGAGCACCAAGAAGAUGUUUUUCAAGCCAAGGCCAAAGCUGCCUCGAGCACCUUUGCCUACAAAGGCAAAAAGAACUGGAGAAGCAGGCCUAAGUCUGAUGCUGCAAGAAGAGGGGCAUGUUGA